AUGUAUCAAACAAAUUAGAAAGUUUCAAAUAACUUAGAUAUGCGUAAUUCUAUUUUCUCACCUGAUACAAAUGUAUGGAUCACAAAUACAAACUUUGUUUCUUAAUAAAAUGCUUAGGUUGUGGUUAAAUAUUAAGAAAAAGUUAAAGAAAAAAAUUUAUAGAUUGGAACACAACAUAUUAAAUAUUCAAGAAAUGUAUAUAUAGAAUUUACAUUAGAAAUAUAUCUCAUUUUAAGAGGCCUUUUUGACAAUUUUAAGAAAUUAAGAUAGUGAAAUAGUUGGCUUUAAAUUGGAAAAAAAUAGCAAAAUGAUUGAGUUUUUUGGUCAAAUAAAAAGUUGGAUAGGUAUAUUGAUGAAAGAAUGUAUCAGUUUAGAUUUUAUUUCGAAUUUUCAGAUAUUACGAUUGCUUGGGAGUGGAUCAGCAGCUAAUGUAAGAAAUAAAAUAAAAUUUAGGUUUAUUAAGUGCAUUCUAAGAUAGAUAAUCAAAACUAUGCAAUAAAAGUGUUUGAUAAAUCCUUAUCUGAAAAAGACCCAACUAUCAAAUAAUCAAUAAAAAUGGAAAUAAAGAUAAUGAGAUAAUUAAAUCAUCCAAAUAUCAUUCAAUACAAAGGUGUUUUUGAAUCAAACACUUAAAUUAUACUUGUUUAAGAAUAUUUAGAAGGAGGAGAUUUGAAAAAUAUAGUUGGAGAUGAAAAAUUAAAUGAAGAAAAGGCCAAAUAAAUAUUAAAAUCUAUUCUAUAAGGAGUAUGUUAUAUGCAUAAUUAUGGUAUAUUUCAUAGGGAUAUAAAAAAAUGUAAUUUAAUGUUAAGGACAGCAAACAAUUUUAAUUCUCUUUGUUUAAUAGAUUUUGGGUUAGCCGAAAAAGCUAAUGAUGAGAAUAAAUAUUUAUAUAAAUAUUGUGGAACUCCUGGUUGUGUAGCUCCAGAAAUUUUAAGAAAAUAAACAUACGGUUUAAAAGUAGAUAUGUAUAGUAUUGGAAUUUUGGGUUAUUAAAUUUUAUUUGGUAAGGAUCCAUAUUAAUCAUCAUCGACAAAAGAAACAAUUAUGAAAAAUUUUCUAGGUCAUAUUGAUUUUUUAAAUGUCCCUGAAAUAUCUAAUAAUGGAUUAUGUUUUUUAAAAUUAUUAUUAUAAGAUGAUCCAGUAAAUAGAUUAUCAGCUAAAUAAGCCUUAAAGCAUCCUUACUUAUAAAAUGAAGAAUAAAGAUUUGUAGUGAGAACCAAUGUUGAUGUCAAUAAAAGAAAAGCUUAAUCCCCAGUACUCAAGCCUUUAAUCUUUUAGAGUUCAAGAAAUUCAUCACAAAAUGGUAGUCCUAAAAUACUGAGUUCUAAAAUUUAUUAUAAAGCUUAGGCAAGUCCUUAUUAUUAAAAUGAGAAAAUUGAUAAAUUUUCCAACUCAGAAAAUUAUGGAAAAUUAUCUUCGUCUUGGUAAUUCAAAAAUUCUUUUAAAAAAUUGAAUACAAAAUGA